AUGUCUAGUCGUUCGACAUCACUGUUAGAACUGGCUGAAGAAUCAUUUCACGAAUCACAACCUAAUGUGUUCAAUGAGACUAUCCCUUUGGAGUUAACCAGCGUCACUGAUGAAGCAGUUCAUCGACUGAUCUCCAGGAUACAAUCUAGGAGGUCUAGUAACUCAAGGUUACCUGGACAAGAUGAAGACCAACGCAUAGAACAACAUGUUUCCCCAUACCGAGAUAUAGAAAAAGCUUUGGGCGAUGAGAAAAGCAAUGGCUCAGAUAUAGAUGCGACAUCCAAGGAUACCAAAACUGAGAGAUUUAGUAAUAGAACAAAAAAGAUCUGCAUUUUCAUUGCAGCCGUGUCAGGGUUUUUAUCGCCUUUGUCCUCCUUAGCAUUUUUGCCAGCAAUUCCUGAGAUGGCUAAAGAAUAUAAUACCACUGGUGAAAUCAUCAAUGUCUCCAGUGCCGUCUACUGUGUGUUUAUGUCGUUAUCUCCAUGUGUGUUUUCGCCUUUUUCAGAUAUCUAUGGUAGAAGGUUUUCGUUUUUGGUUUGUUCCUGCCUUUUCUCAGUAUGCUCUAUUCUAGUAGCAGUUUCUCCUCACCUUGCAAUGUUUUUCGUAUUCAGAUCACUAACUGCAUUGGUUGGUACUGCGUUUUUCAGUAUUGGUGCCCACAUCGUUGGUGAUUUAUAUAUUCCCACAGAAAGAGGUACGUAUAUGAGCAUUAUUAUAAUGGGAGCUCAAUUUGGUACGGCACUAGGAAGUGUUGGUGGUGGGAUAAUUGUUAAUUUUACAUCCUGGCGUGUUAUUUUCUUUGUAUUAGCAGGAAUUGGAUUUGUUGUGAUGGCAAUGGCGUUUGUUUUCUUACCAGAAACAUCGCUAGAAACAAAGCAUCAAAUAGUGCUUCGAGAGGCUAGGAAAGAUAACCCCAAUAAAAAAUUUGUUUUUAUCACCUAUAAUCCUUUACGAAUUAUGACGGCAUUAAAAUAUCCAAAUUUAUCUAUAGAUGGGUUUAUUACAAUUUCAGUUGUCUUCACAAUGUAUUCAUUAUUAACACCAAUCAGAUAUGUCAUGGAUCCCAGAUUCGACUUGACUUCGCCUAUCUUGAGUGCUCUUUUUUAUCUACCUCCUGGUCUUGGAUAUCUAGUUGGAAGCUUAUUUGGUGGACGAUGGGCAGACUACACAGUCAAGAAAUAUAUUAAAAUCAAAGGAAGAAGAGUUCCCGAAGAUAGAUUAAGAACGAUCCUCAUACCUAUUGGCGUUGUCUAUCCCGCUUGUAUGAUCAUAUACGGCUGGUCUGUGGAAAAAGAGAAAGGUGGUAUCGCCGUUCCCGUCAUUUUCAUGUUUAUCAGUGGAGUUGCACAAACCUGUAUAUUCCCGGCUGCAAAUACUUACUGUGUGGAUUCGAUGCCUGAAUUGGGAGGUGAUGGUAUUGGAAGCAGCUACUUCUCUCGUUAUAUUGCAGCAGCCGUCGCAUCUGCAACAUGCCUUAGAAGCAUUGACAAUAUAGGUGUGGGUUGGAGCUGUACAAUCAGUGCAUUUGUAUUGUGGGUUGGAGCAAUAUGCGGAAUAGUGCUAAUUUAUUUUGGCGAGAGUAUGAGAAAGAAAGCUCUAAUUAAGUACGGAUUGAGAACUCCUGAAAGCUUCAACACCAAUUAA